CAGUGCCUCUGCUUCCGGCUCGAAUUGUGCUCCCCACGCUUGUCUUCAACAUGUCCGAGACUGCGCCCGCCGCACCAGCUGCUCCGGCCCCUGCCGAGAAAACGCCAGUGAAGAAAAAGGCCCGUAAGUCUGCAGGUGCAGCGAAGCGUAAAGCGUCUGGGCCCCCAGUGUCCGAGCUCAUUACCAAGGCUGUCGCCGCUUCCAAGGAGCGCAGUGGCGUAUCCUUGGCUGCGCUCAAGAAGGCGCUAGCGGCUGCUGGCUACGACGUGGAGAAGAACAACAGCCGCAUCAAGUUGGGUCUUAAGAGCCUGGUAAGUAAGGGCACCCUGGUUCAGACCAAGGGCACUGGCGCCUCAGGUUCUUUCAAGCUCAACAAGAAGGCAGCUACUGGUGAAGCCAAGCCUAAGGCCAAGAAGGCGGGCGCGGCCAAACCCAAGAAGCCCGCAGGAGCUAAGAAGCCCAAGAAAGCGACUGGAGCAGCCACCCCUAAGAAGAGCGCCAAGAAGACCCCAAAGAAGGCGAAGAAGCCUGCUGCGGCUGCAGGAGCCAAAAAAGCAAAGAGCCCGAAAAAGGCAAAAGCAGCCAAGCCUAAGAAAGCACCCAAGAGCCCAGCGAAGGCCAAAGCGGUGAAACCUAAGGCGGCAAAACCAAAGACCGCCAAGCCCAAGGCAGCCAAGCCAAAGAAGGCGGCAGCCAAGAAGAAGUAGGAAGUUCCUUUGGCCAACUGCUUCGAAGCUCAACACAACCCAAAGGCUCUUUUCAGAGCCACCCACCGAUCUCAGGAAAAGAGCUGUUGCACACUGGAAGGGGGCGUGGCUGGGAGGAUGACAGUGAUGGGCGGGCCUUCGGGGAUUGGGAUGCGAGGUGCUUAACUCCGCGCCUCCUAGAAUAUGCAGGCGCUUUUUAAAGAGCGGUUCUCAGCGUCGAUGUAUGGGGAAACGGAGUUGAGCAUUAUACCUUGUUUCGGCCUCCGGAACUCUGAGAAAAAGGAUAGGGAGUCGGUAGCAGUUAAUGUCGCCUUCAAAAGUGCCCUCGUUUCCGCCUUUUCCGUCACUAUACUGUUAGACGAGUUACCCAAAUGUAACUUUACCUGUAGCAAAAGUUAACUAGGACUUUAGAGAAGAUUAAGCAGUGCUUUGAGAGGGUGACUAACUCGGCACGGCGAAGGUGUUGGUUCCGAAUUGUUAGCACCUGGAAGCCAGACAAAGCGCUUAACAAACCACAGCCUUGACCACCCGCCCCAGCUGAACAUCAACAUGGCCCCUAUGUGCCGGUACCCAGAAUCAACGCAGGAAAUACUCCUAGAUAACAAAGCAGUUGCCACCGGCUACAAACAAAACUGGCAAGCUAUUCAGUUUUGUCUGCUUGCCUUCAUUUCAGAAACAGCUUAAGAUCUCAAAGUCUAUUUGUACUAGCUAUGGGUAGUCUAGUCUACGCCCUCUGAUUGGGUAAAGCAAAGAAACGAAACAACCAAUGAAAAGGUAGACCUGCAAGUAUCAUUUACAUUCUCAUUUGUGACGCCACAAUAACAUUAAUCCAAUCACGAACGAAAUCUUAUGAGCCUUAUUUGAAUACCACAUCUAUAAAUAAAUGUGGCCUUGUGGUGGGUGAUCAUUUCUCCAGGUGUUAGCGUUGUUGUAACUUACAGCGCCGCAAUGCCUGAACCGACCAAGUCCGCUCCGGCUCCUAAAAAGG